AUGUCAGAUAUAGAUUCAUUUGAUAUAGAUAGUGAAGUUGAUGGUGUUAACGAGAUUUUGAAUAGUGAUUCUCAUCCAACAAAUAGUAAUGUUUGGAACAAUGUUAAAUAUUGGUUUUACAGAAACAGACUGUACUGGCAGUCAAUUAAUAAUAACUAUGUUGGUGAGAAUGGAACAAGUCGUGAUAAUGGAAGAGGUAUUCCAUUAUAUGAUUUAGAUAACAGUGGAGGUAGAUUAGAUCGUGAACACGAUGGCAGUUUGGAAUUCAAUCAUUCUGUAUUCAAUGGUAAACAUUCAGGUCUCAGUAGUUUUAUCAUAAGAAGAAAAUUAUUGAUAAGACUUAUAAGCGUGUUAGCUUUAUUUCUAACGUUCACAAUGCUAGUGAGUGGAUCGAUCAAGAGCACGCACCCUGAUCAAUUCACAUCUGCAUCAUUUUUGAAUAAUUUGAUAAACUCUCAUGAUUUCGAUCCUUAUAAGAAAUAUACCAAUGGAUCGCACCCGUUUUAUCCAUUGACUAUGAUGAUAUCUAUUGACGGUUUCCAUCCUGCUCUGAUCUCCAAGAAAAAUACUCCCUUUUUACAUUCUUUAUAUACAUUGGAGAAAGAGGACUAUAAUAUCACAUCAACACCUUAUAUGAUCCCUUCUUUUCCUGCACAAACAUUUCCAAAUCAUUGGUCCUUAGUUACAGGUGAUUACCCAAUUGACCACGGUAUUGUAUCGAAUUAUUUCCAUGAUAGUGUCUUAGAUGAUAUUUUUGAGCCGCAGAACGAAGAUCCAUUAUUCUGGUAUAAUGCAAGUGAACCGAUCUGGGAGACUAUUCAACGUGCUUAUGCUAAGAGAGAUUCAAGUGGUAAAUUAAUCGAUUUGCCAUAUAAAGUUGCCACUCAUAUGUGGCCAGGUAGUAAUGUCGAUUAUAGCAAAUUGGAAAAACUUAUAAAUGUCAAAGUUCCUGAAGAAAGAACUCCAUUUUAUAAUGUCAAAUAUAAUCAAAAGGAAACAUUUGAUGAAAAAUUGAAGAAUAUUUUAGCUUAUAUCGACGUGGAGGCAAUCUCAGAUAGACCACAAAUGAUUUUGAGUUACAUUCCACAAAUUGAUGCAUUUGGUCAUUUGAAUGGUUAUCCAAUAUCAGUUAGAAAUGGUAUUGAUGAAAAGAACACUAAAUCCGGCAAAGCGUUUGUUAAACUAUUAAAAGAACUAGACACAUUUUUUGAAACCUUAUUCAUGGAGAUAAAAGCAAGAAAUAUCGAGAAAUUUACAAACGUUUUGAUAGUCAGUGAUCAUGGUAUGAGUGAUAUUGACGUUCCGGAAAAUGUUAUUCCAUAUGAAGAAUUAUUAUCUGCUGAAUCUAGAAAAUCGUUAGUUUCUCAUGCCAUUUAUGAAGGCCCAAUACUAACACUUAAUGUCGAUAAGAAAGCCACGAUUAACUCAGUUUAUCAAGAACUUAAAAGAAAUUUAAAUCAACAAUUAUUAUCUCCAUUUUUCAACAUUUAUUUAAGUGGACAGUUUCCUCCAGAAUUUAACUAUAAUUUUGACGUUGAGUCGAAAGAGAAUGAUAUUUUAGCCAAGAGAAGAGUGCCUCCAAUUUGGGUUGUUCCCGAACCAGGAUUUGCAAUUAUGGAUAGUUCUGAUAUCAAGAAGAAAAAAGACACUAUAAUAGGGUCUCAUGGUUAUAAUAAUACACAUAUCGAUAUGCGAUCGUUAUUUAUUGGUGUUGGACCAUACUUCAAUAAAGGAUAUGUUGAAUCAUUUGAGAAUGUUGAAAUUUAUAAAUUAUUGUGUGACAUUAGUGGUAUUAAAUUAAAGGAUAGACACAUCAGCUUCCGUGAAAGAAAGAGCAUCAAUUCUGCUGUUGAAUCUUCAUCGAAUAAGAAUGAAGAAGAAGACGACUUUGAAACCAGUUUAAUUAAACACAACAAAGAUAUAUUCGAUGCUAACAACUUCGAUUUACUAUUGAUUGAGGACGAUUUUAGUUACAUUGAAGAUAAAUUCAGCAAAUGGAACACGUACAAUUAUAUCUGGGGUGGGUCUAAAGCAUGGGAAGAAGGGUACGAUGAUGAAGACGAUGAAACGUUAGAGAACGACACCGACAGUUACAUCGGCGGGAACAUAACCAUGGCAUCGAUGCCAGUCCCUGGAAUCCCCAGCAUCAUAUCGUCUCUAAUAUCUUCGAGUGCAAUCAUCACCACAGACAGUAGUGGAACCGCCCAUACAACCACAUUACUUCAACCAAACACAAUUGCUAGCACCACAAGUGCCACUACGAGCGCAAGUGCAAUUGCGAGUUCCAGUGCCAGUGAACUGGUCCCUAGCAACUCGACCCUAGGCGACAAUGUAAUCAACUGGUUCGGCAAUCUAAUUGACGAUGCCAAAGACUUAAUCGACGGCACAAAAGAACUGAUCGAUAAUGUCGUCGAUGAAGUAGAAGAAAUGAUGAACAACGAGGAAACAAGUGAAAGUAUAUAA